AUGACUACCUCUCCAAUGCAGCAAGGCCCAGUCGCCACUUCCAUCGCUGCCAAGCCGACUACCUUUCACGACUCUGCUCGCCCCAGCCCAGAACCCCUUGACGAGUCAGAACCACUUGACGGAUUCCAAGGCCUCGUCAACGAUAUCAACCACAUUCUCGGCCCAACCAGCGGAAUCGAUAGCGAAGAUGUCGACGUGGAGGAACUCAAGGCCGUGAUGAGAAAGUAUUCAGGUCCAGACUCGGAUUGGCAGAAGUACGCCUUUGCAGAUCUCAGCAGAGCCUACACAAGGAAUCUGGUUGACAGAGGCAAUGGCAAGAGCAAUUUGCUCAUCCUUGUCUGGUCGCCCGGCAGAUCUUCACCUGUCCACGAUCAUGCCAACGCCCACUGCAUCAUGCGAGUGCUUACGGGGUCUUUGACCGAGACUGUAUACAGCUGGCCGGCUCAACAUGCGGCCUCACAGGUCGGGUGCAUGACCUUGCCUACCUCCACCUCUCGAAGUCCAGCGCACACGCGCCGACCCAACAACAAUGGCACCAAUUGUGGGCAGUCGCAUGAAUUGACUGUCCAGCGAACCACGACCUACGAUCAGGGUGAGGUAACUUACAUGAGUGACCAGCUUGGUCUGCAUCGUGUAGGCAACCCAAGUAAGACUGAGGUGGCCGUGAGUCUGCAUCUCUAUACUCCUCCUAACGCUGCGAAACAUGGCUGUCAUAUAUUCGACGAGCAUACUGGAAGGAAGUCCAAGGUUGAGCAACAUCAUUUCUACUCUGAGCUCGGCAUCAGGACCGGGUAA